AAUCAUGUGAGUUGUGAGAUGACAUAAACAAAAUUACAAGCAGGUGAUCGGAAUUCCUCUUUUCCUCUGCUCGUAAGCUCCCCUUCGUCAUUUCCUCUAACCUUGCAAUUCCCUACUCCUUUUCUGCAUCGUUAGGGUUUUCGCGAAGGGGAUUCUUCUCUCUCUCUCUAGAUCUCCAAAUUCCUCUCAGAUCGGAUUCUGUGCAUCUGAGAAACAUGUAUGGAUUCGAAGCUCUUACCUUCAACAUUCAUGGCGGUUAUCUUGAAGCGAUCGUCAGGGGCCACCGGUCCGGGCUGCUCACCGCCGCCGAUUACAACAAUCUGUGCCAGUGCGAGACCCUGGACGACAUCAAGAUGCACCUCUCGGCCACCGAGUACGGCCCUUAUCUCCAAAACGAACCUUCCCCAUUACAUACAACUACUAUCGUGGAGAAAUGCACACUUAAACUCGUUGAUGAGUAUAAGAACAUGUUAUGCCAAGCCACUGAGCCUUUGUCAACCUUCUUAGAGUAUAUCACAUAUGGUCACAUGAUUGACAAUGUUGUCCUGAUCGUUACUGGAACCUUGCAUGAGAGAGAUGUUCAGGAACUGUUAGAGAAAUGCCACCCUUUGGGCAUGUUUGACAGUAUUGCUACUCUGGCAGUUGCUCAGAAUAUGAGGGAGCUUUAUAGACUGGUGCUUGUUGACACGCCAUUGGCUCCGUACUUUUCGGAGUGUAUCACAUCCGAGGAUUUGGAUGACAUGAACAUUGAAAUUAUGAGGAAUACCCUUUACAAGGCUUACCUUGAAGAUUUCUAUAGGUUUUGUCAAAAACUUGGUGGUGCCACUGCAGAGAUCAUGUCCGACCUUCUUGCCUUUGAGGCUGACAGAAGAGCUGUUAAUAUCACCAUAAACAGCAUUGGCACGGAGCUUACUCGAGAUGAUCGUAGAAAGCUGUACUCUAGUUUUGGUUUACUUUACCCUUAUGGUCAUGAGGAACUUGCUGUCUGUGAGGAUAUAGAUCAGGUUCGUGCUGUCAUGGAAAAAUACCCUCCUUAUCAGCCCAUAUUUGCAAAGUUAUCCUAUGGAGAGAGCCAGAUGCUUGACAAGGCUUUCUACGAGGAAGAGGUGAAAAGGCUUUGCUUGUCAUUUGAACAACAGUUCCACUAUGCUGUGUUCUUUGCAUACAUGAGGUUGAGGGAGCAGGAGAUCAGGAACCUGAUGUGGAUAUCCGAAUGCGUAGCUCAGAACCAGAAGUCCAGAGUGCACGACAGCGUUGUUUUCAUAUUUUAGUUGAUUUCCAACUACUUUGAAUAUAACAAAUGGUAUUCUGCAUAUUCUUUUGUAGAUUUUGCUCCCAUCCGAAUCCCUUGAUUAUUACGAGUCCCAAAGAUUGGAUGUGGUGGCAAUGUAUGCAAAUUUUACAAAUAAGUUUGUGUAUGUUUAAUUUCUUAUUUGGGAGGCUAUUUUUGUUCUUGGAUUCAUCAGUAUAUCUAGAAUGUGAGCUUGGAUUUAAUUUUUAUCAA